AUGCCCUUAUUUGUUUUUCUUUAUUUAUCUUACCAUUUAUACUUAUUCUUUCUUUCUUUCUUUCUUUCUUUCUUUCUUUCUUUCUUUCUUUCUUUCUUUCUUUCUGUUUUCUCUAUCUUAGGAUUCUUUAAUUUGCUUUCCACUCAGCGCUAUCGUCAGGCUCACCCAAACCCCAUUCCCCCUGUCUUUCCACUUACUCUCAACCCUACCCAGAUCCAUCGUUCCGUAUCAGAACCUGCACGCCAGCGAAUAGGUCAGCACACCUUCAUGUAUAGUCUCUCUAUUCCUCCUUCCACUCACUUGAGUCGCCAUCUUUUCUUCCUCUGCCAUCCUGAUUUCUGUUGCCACCUCUGCUUGUUGAAAUGGCCAACUGCCUGCCAAAAAACGUGUUGGACAAUGGCACCUGCAAGCUUAUCUUUUUUACUUUCGCUUUCCAACGAGUUUUUCGCGCCAAAAUCUGUCUAUGACUGUUUACAUCUAUCUAUCUAUCUAUCUAUCUAUCUAUCUAUCUAUCUAUCUAUCUAUCUAUCUAUCUAUCCUUGUCUAUUCAUAUCUAUAUAUCUGUUUGUCUAA